AUGGCAAGCCUAAAGCGGGCCAGCAAACUACGGGAGGAUGUGAUCUGCCCCAUCUGCAAGGAAAUUCUACGGGAUCCUGUCAUCUCUGACUGUGGGCACAACUUCUGCCUGCUAUGCAUCAAUCAAGUUGGGAAAACUACAGAAAACCUCCAAUGUCCCCUCUGCAAACUCCCUGUGAAUAAGAAUAUGUUGAGGCCCAAUAAGCAGUUGGCUAGUCUUGCAGAGAAAAUCCAGGCAAUGGAUCCUGCUGAAGUCCAACCAGAAGAAGAGACAAGAUGUCGGAAGCACAAGGAAAAGUACCAUUACUUCUGUGAGGAGGAUAAAGAGUUCCUCUGCUUGGUUUGUCGUGACUCCAAGGACCACAAAACCCAUGAAGUUACCUUGAUAGAUGAGGCUGUCCAGAACUACAAGGUGCAGAUUGAGACACAGCUCCGGGAUUUGGGGCAAAUGGAGAAGGAAAUAAUUAAAGAGAAAAAGGAAGGUGAAGGAGCAAUCCAGGUGUUCAGGGCCCAGGUGCAUCUAGAGAAACUAAAGAUCCUUGAGGAAUUUAAACAUGUGCGCCAGAGACUGGACGAGGAAGAGAGAUUCCUCCUGUCCAGGCUGAGCUGGCUGGAGCAGGAGGGAGUCAAGCUGAUAGAAGAGUAUGUCUCUGUCACAGAGGGACAGCUUACCACCCUCAGAAACCUCACAAGGUCCCUGAAAAAUAGGCUACAAGCGUCAUCCAUGAAGCUACUGGAGGUCAUCAAAUCAACAUAUCUUCACAGGACUAGAGAAUUUGAGUUUCACAACCCAACCCCAGUUCCUAUGAACCUGGAGAAAAAAAUUAAUGAUGCAAAAGCAAGACACGAGUCCAUCAUAGAAAGCCUGAACAAAUUAACAGACAACCUGAAGACUGAGGGGAAGGAAGAUAAAAGCACAUUCCUGAACAGCCUGAGUAAAGAGGACCAGGAGAACUGGUGCCUGUCACAUAAGAAUAAUUCAAAGUUGCCCACCUCAGUACCUGUGACCCUGGACUCGACCUCAGCUGACCCAAACCUCACCUUCUCUCAGGAUCUAAAGAAAGCAAGCUUGUACCUUGUCGACAGCACAUUGAAUACGCAGGCAAAACCUCGACAAUUCUAUCCUUUCCACUGUGUGAGGGGCUCCCCAGGCCUCUCCUCAGGCCGUGUGUUGUGGGAGGUGGAAAUCCAGGGACCCCCAGGUAGGGCUGGCAUAGUGGGCGUGGUUGCCGAGUUGCCUCAGGGGUCCCAGAUUCAGAACUCUGAGUCAUGCUGCUUGUGGGCACUGAAGAUCUCGUCCUCUGGAUGUCAGUCAAUCACCAACUUCAGUAUCCAGGAGAAUCUCCUAAUCAGUCUUAGGAAAGUGGGUGUCUUUGUGGAUUAUGAUCGUGGAGAUGUUGUCUUCUAUGAUGCCAUCAGUAACAAACACAUCUACACCUUCCAAACUUCCUUUGACAGACAGCUCUUCCCCCUUUUUGGGCUCCUAAAUGCCCGCAGCUCUAUCACCUUGAGCCUCUAG